AUGGCGCCGCCGCCGCCUCACCCGCACCCAAGAUGGCGGCCGGAAGUGACGGCGGGACGGAGCGGAAGAGGCGGAGGCGCGCGGGACAAGAUGGCGGAGCCGGGGAAGGGGCGAGGGGCGGCCCCGGCGGGGAAGGGGCUGAGCGCCGAGCAGAACUGCCCCAACCACCCCCCAACGCACCCAAGAUGGCGGCCGGAAGUGACGGCGGGACGGAGCGGAAGAGGCGGAGGCGCGCGGGACAAGAUGGCGGAGCCGGGGAAGGGGCGAGGGGCGGCCCCGGCGGGGAAGGGGCUGAGCGCCGAGCAGGUCAGGGCCGACCGGGAACCCGGGAGGGGCCCCGGGGGGGCAGAGGAGGAUUUGGGCCAGAGAUUUGGGGUAUAUCUGAGGUGUUUUGGGGUGGAUUUGGGCCGGGGAUUUGGGGUAUUUUUGGGGUGGAUCUGGGGUCUAUCCGGGGUGGUUUGGGUGCUGACCCCCAGGCUGGUGAUCGAGACGCUGCGGGAGGUGGAUCCCACCCGGAAGUGUUUCCGCAUGGUCGGCGGCGUGCUGGUGGAGAGGACGGUCAAGGAGGUGCUGCCCGCCCUGGAGAGCAACAGGGAGCAGAUCUCCAAGCUGAUCGAGGCUCUGGCGCAGCAGCUGCAGGCCAAGGGCCGGGAGCUCUCGGAAUUUCGGGAACGCCACAACAUCCGCCUGGUGGGGGAGGACGACCCCAAAUCCACGCCCAGGGACGGCCCCGAGGGGGGCAAGGGGGGCCCCGGGGGGGUCCUGGUGUCCUGACCCCCCCCAAAAAAAAAUUCCCAGGGGGAUUUGGGGUCGUUUUGGGGGGUUUUGGGUAAUAAACGUGAGUUUGGGACAAUG